CGAAAACAAAUUUUUUAUGAUAGAUAAUUAAUGAAAAAUAUAAAUCUGAAAUAACUGUGAAAAAUAAACCUGUAAGAUAUUAUAUCUAACUUGCCAUAUAUUAUGAAAGUUCGUGGUGUUUUUAUAAAUAUGUAUAUCGUGAAAAAUAAAUAUGCCAUUAAUUAUAAAUAUGUCGUAACUAUCGUUAGCAAAAGGGCAAUUGUCAUGGAUACCAUUAUUUUUAGUUUUUGGGUCAAAAAUACCACCAGACCCAAUAAUUUCCAUUUCUAACAAUUCUAAUUAAAACAUCUGACGAAAAUAUCCUCACAUUUCUCAAACCCUCGUUUGCGUCUCCUCUCUCUUGAGACGAAAAGACUAAUCAUCGGACUCUCGUCGCCGGCAUAUCUCGCCAUUUCAGUAAUACCUUCCUUCGAGUCGCUGUUUCGAGAAUACCUUGAUCGAGAUCACCUUACCACCAAAAAAUCCUCUAUAUACAGAUCGAGAUCUAGCCUUGUUUUUCCUCGUCGUCAGUGCUUUUGCUGAAUCUCGUCUCCGCUGAUCUUCUUGUUUGAUCAAUCUUCACCACGCGACACUUUAUCAUCGGUUUAUUGCCAUUUAUAAGAUAUGGGUGAUUCUUUCCCUAUAGAAAUCAAACUUCCUGAACUUUGUUUCAACAUUGGAGAGGAACCGAGAUCAGACGUGACGAUAAACUAGUUUGUAAACAAUGAUGGCAUCACAAAAGUGAAAAGCAUCCUCUUGGUUGCAGAGUAUGAGAGGAUCAAGAAUUCCUUCCUAGGACCAAUUUUGAAGGUUAUCAACAGAGGACUGAUGAUGUCAGGGAAAAUGGUGCACUGUUUUCUGAGCAGGAGUUUAAAGGUAUCAAAGAAAAAUGAGAUAUGGAUGCAUUUUGGAGGACAGCCUAUGAGAUUCUCAAUAAGAGAAUUCCAUAUGGUCACUGGAUUGAAAUGCACUGAAUGGGGAGGUGAUGAAGAUCAACGGCAGAAUCGUUAUAACUGGGCUAACACUGAAGAUGCUCACACAUAUAAAGAUCUUUUGGAUAUUCUACAAGAAACUGAUCCAGAGGAAGCAGAUGAAAGGUUCUCUCUUGCGAUGCUGAUCCUUAUAGAAUGCAUCUUCCUUCAGAGGUACAAAGGUAACAGGCUUCCUGCAAAAAACCUUAAGAGGGCUCAACAUCUGGAUGUUUUGGCUAAUUAUCCGUGGGGAAAAGAUGCAUAUAAUCUUCUGAUUAAAUCAGUAAAGAAGAAUGUCGAAUUAAAUCUGAGGAAGAAUAAAUAUUACAUACAUGGAUAUCCGUUGGCAUUGCACUUGUGGAUCCUUGAGUCUGUUCCUAUGUUAAAGUCUGCUUUCAGUACAUUGAGUGUAAUUGAGCGACCAACAACAUACCUGUGUGAAAAAGAUACACACAUACAGUUAAUCCAUCGAUUGCUCAAGUGGAGAACAUUGAAUCAUCAAACCAUCUCAAGGUUAUUCACAUCUUACCAUCGAUACCUGAUGAUGCAGAAGAUACAGUCUUCUUGGAAGACACUCCUGAUCAAGAUUUGAGUAUGUUAACAGAAGUAGUGAACAAGGGAUACAAAUUGACAAUUGAAGACUGGGGGGAAAAAGGCAUUGGAUGUUGGUGCAGUGAUGGAAGAUAUUGCUAAGAAAUCUUUCUAGUUCCGUAACAAGGAGAGACUAAAGCCAUCCUCUUCUGGAGAGUCACUAAUGGAGAAACUAGACAAGCUGUACAAUAUUGUUACAGAUGGAUUCAAAGAUAUCAAUUGCAGGCUAUCGAAAAUAGAAGAGAGUCUGGGAAGAUAUAAACCUACCAAUACAGACGAUCAGGAUCUACACCAAGAUAGUGGAAUGCCUACAUUUCCUAGUUCUCAAAUUUCAAACCCUCCAUUCCCCAGUUCUCCAUGCGCUGAACAAAAUACGGAGCAUGUGACUCAGGUUCCUGACUCUCAGAUUCCUGACUCUCAGAUUCCUAUAGAGAGUGGUGAUGAGAUUCGUCCGACUAACAAUUCUCCCACUGAACAAUAUACAUCUGAGACUCAGAUUCCUAAGGAGUGUGGUAAUGGGAUCCGACCAUCUAACAUGUCUACCACUGAACAAAAAACAGUGCAUGUGGCUCUGACUUCUGAGAUUCAGAUUCCUAAGGAGUUAGGUAUGAGAACAAAAGGAGCAAAGGAAGAGUGAAGGCAAUUCUUGAAAACGGAAUCAGUAUUUUGAUGGACAAAUCAAAGAAAGAAGAAUUUUUUGGAGAAGAACAAAUUCGGUUCUUCGAUAGAGAGAAUGAAAGUGAACCAAAUCCAGAAGUUUUAACUACUGAGUUCUUUACUCCAAGGGAAAACCAAACGAAGGAGUUAACCCAAACGGAGGAGUUAACCGAAAAGCUCAAUACCAUCACUGAGGAGAUGACCCAGAAGCUCGAUUCAGCUGUUGAUGGUGAUGAGGAGAACCUUCCUCAUGAAGGUGAUGAUGAAGAGAACCUUCCUCAGGAAGGUGAUGAUGAAGAGAACCUUCCUCGGGAAGGUGAUGAUGA